AUGCCCACAUUUUGGUUUGGCUUAAAAGAUAGAAUCCGUCCUGAAGAAAUCGAUCAAAUAAUUUCAGCCGAAAUUCCAGACCCAUUAAUUGAUCAAGAAUUAUUUGAUAUUGUCACCAAACACAUGAUCCAUGGGCCAUGCGGUGCUUUCAACAUGACGUCACCGUGCAUGGAAAAUGGAAAAUGUAAAAAAAACUUCCCAAAGCCGCAUACGAAUGACACGAUCACGGAUAUUGAUGGUUAUCCAAUGUAUCGCCGCAGAAGUACUGAGAAUGGUGGCCACACAUUUACAAUGCGACUGCCGAACUUUCCAAAUCAAGUUGAGUUUGAUAAUCAGUGGGUGGUACCAUACUCACCACUACUUUCAAAAACUUACAAAGCUCAUAUCAAUGUUGAGCUUUGCAGUUCUGUUAAAUCAAUUAAGUAUAUUUGUAAAUAUGUAAACAAAGGCAGUGAUUUGGCCAUAUUUGAAGUACAAAACAUAAAUAAAAAUGACGAAAUAGCACGAUACCAAAUGGGCAGAUACAUUAGCAGCAAUGAAGCUAUUUGGCAUAUUCUCAGCUUUCCCAUCCACGAAAGAGAUCCUGCUGUCCAACAUCUGGCAAUACAUCUUGAAAACGGUCAACGUGUAUACUUCACUGAAGAAAAUGUUCUCCAAAGAGCGUUCGAAGCUCCGAAAACGACUCUAACUGAAUUUUUUACAUUGUGUCAAAAACCUGAUGUUUUUGGCCAAUUCGAGAAGACAUUGGUGUAUGGUGAUGUUCCACGUUAUUUCACAUGGAACAAAUCCAGUAAAAAAUGGGAGCCACGGAAACAAGGAAAACCACAUCCUUCCAUUACAGGCAUAUUCAAAGCUAAGACAUUGGGGAGACUUUACACGGUACAUCCAAAGCAACGUGAGUGCUUCUAUUUACGUUUGUUAUUGGUGAAUGUUCCCGGACCAACGUCUUUUGAAUUUUUACGAACAGUUAAUGGUCGAGUAUUCAAUACAUACCAGGAUGCAUGUCGUGAACUGCAAUUGCUAGAAGACGAUAACCAUUGGGACUUAACGCUUGCUGAUGCUGCGUUGACAUCAACACCGAAUAACAUUCGUCAGUUGUUUGCAAUUAUUUUGACGACAUGUUAUCCCUCGCAAGCACAAACUUUGUGGGAAAAAUAUAAAAAUUGUAUGACAGAAGACAUCUUGCACCGAAUUAGACAAACAAAUCAAUGCCAAAACAUAGAUUAUACACCAGAGAUGUACAAUGAAGCAUUGGUCUUGAUCGAGGAUUUAUGUGUUCUUAUUUCAAAUUUACCACUUAAUCAUUAUGGUAUGCCAUCACCUAAUCGUCCACCCACCGACUUAGUCAAUACCGAUUUACAACGAGAAAAUCAAUAUGACCAUGGAAGUUUAGCAACAAUUAUCAUGAACAGUGAACCAUUACUGACAGCAGAACAAAAAAUUAUUUAUGAUCGGAUUAUGCUGGCUGUUGCUGCUGAACAAGGCGGUUUUUUUUUCUUGGAUGCACCCGGUGGAACCGGUAAGACAUUUUUAAUAUCGUUGAUUCUUGCCAAAAUACGGUCGCAACAAAAAAUCGCAUUAGCAGUAGCAUCGUCAGGCAUUGCGGCUACUUUACUGGAUGGUGGGCGAACAGCACAUUCAACAUUCAAGCUGCCAUUGGACGUUCAUAAUAAACCAGAUGCAAUGUGUAACAUCAAAAAGAAUAGUGGAAUAGCUGCAGUGUUGCGGAAGAGUUCUAUAAUAAUUUGGGAUGAGUGCACAAUGGCACACAAAUAUUCACUUGAAGCAUUAAACAGAACUAUGCAAGAUUUAAACAGCAAUAAUAAACUUUUCGGUGGUGCUAUCUUACUUUUGUCUGGUGACUUCCGGCAGACCUUACCGGUUAUACCUCGCUCUACUUUCGCGGAUGAGAUUAAUGCAUGUUUGAAACAAUCAUUCUUAUGGCGAAGUGUUGAAACACUUCGAUUGACCAUAAAUAUGCGAGUACAAUUGCAAAAUGAUCCAUCAGCACAAAUAUUUUCCGAACAACUACUAGAUAUUGGGAACGGUAAAAUAGAACUGCAACCAAAUACGCAAUGCAUUAAACUACCAGACAAUUUUUGCACUGUUGUUCAGGAUAAAAAUGAAUUGAUUCAGAGUAUUUUCCAGGAUAUACAGAAUAAUUAUUUGAAUCAUGAAUGGCUUAGUCAACGGGCGAUUUUGGCAGCCAAAAACGUUGAUGUUGACGAAAUUAACUUCCAGAUACAACAGUUGUUACCAGGCGAUCUGAUGUCUUUUAAAUCAAUCGAUACUGUUGUUGAUGAAAAUGAAAGUGUAAAUUUUCCGAUUGAAUUUUUAAAUUCAUUAGAUAUCCCUGGAAUGCCACCACAUAAUCUUCGAUUAAAGAUUGGUUCCCCUAUUAUUCUCCUCCGUAAUUUGAAUCCACCUCAAUUAUGUAACGGUACGCGUUUGGUCAUCAAAAAGAUCACCGGAAACAUUCUUGAAGCAACCAUUUUGGCUGGGAAGUUUAAAGGAAAAGUGGUCCUGCUGCCACGUAUUCCGAUGAUACCAUCAGAUUCUACCAUACCCUUCAAAAGGCUACAGUUUCCAAUUCGUUUAGCUUUCGCCAUGUCUAUAAAUAAAUCUCAAGGUCAAACAAUGUCCAUUUGUGGUUUAGAUUUGGAAAAUCCAUGUUUUUCUCAUGGGCAACUAUAUGUUGCGUGUUCACGUGUUGGGAAACCGUCGAAUCUAUUUGUGUUAGCUAAAGACAGGUUAACCAAAAACAUUGUGCACCGAUUGGUGUUAAAUUAA